AUGAAGAAAUAUACCAUACCAUUUCAUACGUGCUGCUCUCCCAGCCAAUUUGGUGAAGUAGCAAAAUAUGUUAAGAAAGAUGAGAAAUUGCAAAAAAGGGUUGAGAAGCUAGGAUUCCAUAGGCUUCUUGAUGUGUCUUGUAAAAAAAUUCAAAGAGAUAUUUGUGGAGAGUUGAUGCGUGCCUUUAACCCCCAAACUCGUGAAAUAUGUAUAAAGGGGAAAAUUAAGCAAAUGAAAGCCAAGGAUGUGAAUGACUUGAUGGGCUUAAGUAGUGAGGGCUCAAGAGAGAAAGAAGGUGAAAAAUCACAAGAGGAAGAAGAUAAUGAUAAAAGGAUAGAUUCUGAGGGAAAGAAUGAAGAUGAAAAAAUAAAAGAGGAAGGACCUGUUAAUGAGGGGACAGCUUCAGAGGAAAAAAAUGAAGAUGAAAAAUUUGAAGAGGAAGAAUAUAACAAAGAAGGAGUUGAACAAAAAGGUUCUGAGGAGGGAAGUGGAGAUGAACAAUCAAAAGAGGAAGAGAAUGAAGAAGAAAAAUUAGAAGGGGAAGAAGGUAAAGAAAAAGAUGAUAAACAACAAGGUUCUCCUAAAGAAAAGGGCGAUAAUGACAAUUCAAAAAAGGAAGAGGACAAGGAAGCAGGUGUAGGAGGGAAAGAUUCUGUCGAGGAUGAGGAAGGGAAAAGAGAAGAACAAUCAAGUAAACAUUCUACAAGAUCAAAAAGAGAUAAAAGACCUGCUGUGAAAUCUCCAUGGGUUAGAACUAAUGUUAGAAAGAAGAGAAAAGUAGAUGAGAAGGAGCAAUUAUUUCAAAUAUACACAACAUCAUGUGAGGAAGAUGAGGGAGACAAACAGCAGGAAGAGGAAGAAGAAGAGAAUGUUGAGAAGAAGGGCAAGGGAAAGGAAAAGAAGAAGAAGAAGAAGAAAGGACAACUAGAUCCUAAAGAAAUGAUGGAUGACCUCUAUAAGAAGAAGGUAGAACUUUUGUGGUGGCUACUAAGUCAUCGUAAUAAUGUGAAGGAGCCCGAAGCCAUGUCGUUGUUAGAAGGAUCCCAAGCGAUGAGGAAAAGGAAAUAG